GUCAUCCUCUACCAGCUCCAGAGAGAGUACCCUGAGGACGAGCUGUCAACAGCAAGUGUCACAGUGCGGACGGUGGUGCGAGGAGUCCUAGUGAUCCGCGUGGCCUCCCGAGCUGUGUGCUUUCUUGCGGCCUGGCUAUAUCUCCUCCUCAUCAUAGACUUCGGAGUGGAUCAGGUUUGGUGGUGGAGGGAAGAGCCAGGUACCCCUUUGGGCAUCCUGGGUCCCAUGGCCUGGCUUCUGGAUGCAGAACGAUCCCACCUCUUCGCCAAUGAGAAAUCCAUCAUCUUCUGCAUGAACCUCAUCAGUGUGAUCUCGCAGCAGCGCUUGGUGGAAGUUCUCGCUCGACGAGAGGUGCUCCUGCGGCUCAUUGGCGCCGAGCGUGUGAUGGCAUCUACCAUCUGCCUCCUUUUGAAGGGUGUUGCAGUAGCAUGCACCCCCUCGAAGAGUGCAAAUCCUAUUGCCGAAUUCUUGCUGCGCGUGGCACCUCCGCCGGCAUGCUGUGUUGCAAUUGUGACGCUUCGAGAUCAUGCGUUGCCGCUGGGCAUCGCGGUCGUCGUGGCCCCUCGCGUCACAGCUAUGCUGGGCAGUUCCAGCUGUAUGUUGGUGGGACUUCUUUGUGGUGCUUACGCUGCCCAUGCCGUCCUCUUUGUGUGGUACUCACACCGUGGUGAUCUUGACUCUGCCGCGCUUCGCCUGGCCAUGCUUGUGCCGGGAGGUGUUUCGAGCCAAGCCAAGGGCCUCCUCCGUGGUGUCCUGGCAGGAGCCCACCGCCGUGCUGUUCAGAUGAUGGCCAUGGGCAUCCUACAGCGCGCGUUUCGUUGGCUGACGCAACGCUAG